AUGUAUAAGGGCAAUGGCAAUCGCCGUGUGGUGUGGGGCUACGGUACCCCGGGGUACGACGCCUUGCUCGGGACCAGGAUGGGAAAGGUGGCUGUAUACCUCGUGUUAGGUGUGUAUCCCCGAGGAACCUGCCGCAUUGCCCGGGUCGUCACCUGGGAACACAACUUGGAAGCUAAUUUGCGCUUCGAUAUUGAAGCAGUGUGA